AUGCUUGACAGGGCCAGCGAAGACAAGCUUGCUGUUGCGAUUGCAUCGUGCGUCCAAGUUGACACGCUGAAGCAAGUGCACUUGCGUAUCUGCCAGGAGUUCCCUCGGACCCCUUACCUGUUGAACUUGGUCGUGCAAAUGUACGCUAAGCUGGGCGAUCUGGAGUCCGCGUAUCAGACUUUUACAUGUAUCAAAGAGCCCAACCUUUACUCCUGGAGCCUCAUGUUAGCCGCAUACACUCAGCACGGACAGAUGCAGCAAGCAAGGCACCUGUUCGACAAAAUGCCCGAGAGAAAUGUCGUCGUGUGGACAUCCAUGAUAACAGGAUACUCUCAAGCCGGGAAUGUUGAGGAGGCCCGGUGCAUUUUCGACGUGAUGCCUGAGAGGAAUAUCGUGUCUUGGAGUGCCAUGCUGCAGGGAUACGCCCAAAAUGGGCACGUUGACGAAGCUAAAGACGUGUUUGACAGAAUGCCUAGGGUGAACGUCGUGUCUUGGACUGCCAUGGUUCAGACUUAUGCUGAGAACGGGCAUCUUGUAAAGGCCAAGGUAAUGUUUGACCAAAUGCCCGAGCGAAAUCUCAUAACCUGGACUGUUAUGCUUUUGGCAUAUGCCAAUGGUGGGCUUGUGCAUGAGGCAAGGGUGACGCUGGAGAGGAUGCCCGAGUUCUCGUUUCUCUCUUGGAACAUCAUGCUUUCGGCGUAUGCACAGCAAGGUGAUCACAACAAUGCAACGCGUACGUUUGAUGCUAUGCGAGAGAGGACUGUGACCAGCUGGAACGCUCUCAUUUUCUCGUGUGCUCAGAAUGAGUCCAUCAAGCAGGCCGAACACCUCUUCGAAACGAUGCCCGAGAGAAGCCUGGUGUCUUGGACCUCAAUGAUUUCGGCAUACGUAAGUGUUGGUUGCUUGGAGGGAUCGAAGUGCGUCUUUGACCGUAUGCCGGAGCGGGAUAUAGUCGCUUACAACACCAUCCUGCAGGCGUAUGUCCAGUCGGGGCAUUUGGACUAUGCAGAGACAUUGUGUGAGAAAAUGGCGAGGCACGACGUUGUAACGUGGACAACUAUGAUGGUAGGCUACGCCAAAGACAUGAACCUGUGUGCGUGCAAGGCUAUGUUCUACCUCCUGCCAGACCGCAACUGCAUGUCGUGGAACGCUGUUCUUGCAGCCAUUGCCCAGAACGGGCAUCUGGUAGCUGCGAGGCAAAUGUUUCAAGAGAUGCCAGAGCGUAACAUUGCCUCCUGGAACACUAUGAUCGCCGCCUCCUCGCAUGCUGGACAACCCGCCGCAGCAGUAAUGCUCUUCCACUUUCUCCAGGCGGAAGGCCUUGCUCCUUCGGACAUAUCAUUCACGAGCCUCUUGCAUGCCACAAGCCACGGGGGUGACUUGUCCGAAGGCUUGCUAUACUUCAGGUCGAUGGUUGCUGAUUAUGGUCAAUCGCCUCUGAGAGAUCACUUUUGUAACAUGGUCGACAUCCUUGGACGAGCCGGCUACACUCAAGAAGCCGAGGAACUUGUUAACUGCAUGCCAUUCCUUCCGAAAGAGGUGGAAUGGGGAGCCUUGCUUGGUGCCUGUAGGAUCCACAUUGAUGUCACCCCUGCCGCUCGAGCAGCCGAGCAUAUUCUCGAGCUGGAUCCAGACCACGGCUCCGCGCGUCUCUUGCUGGAAAGCAUCUACGCCGGUCUGCGAGAUUAG